GGACUGCGCCGUGUCUUCCUGAAGAAGGUUGGGGUGAGAGUCCGGCCAGCGGACAAGAGGGCAGCUGGUAGCAGGGUGGGAUGCCCGUGUCAUAGGGCCGAGCCCCCGCUAGGCACGCGGGAGCAGCAGGGCUUCCGGAAGCGCAGGGAGCGCUGGACUGGCGGGCGCCCGGGAUUCGCGCAGGCCCCGCCCCUCGGAGGCCCCGCCCAGGGAGCGCUGCGGCAGUUUCCAUGGUGAGAUGGUCAACAAGCCUGUAAGUUCCUCAGCUACGACUACCAGAUACCUCGGGUUCCUCCCUCCUCCGAGAGACCGCCGAGGUGCGGGCUGGGAGAGAGGGAGCGUGGAGCCUCCGAGGCCGAGGGAUCAGUGUCCUUCAGUGAUGUGGCUGUGGGCUUCACCCAGGAGGAGUGGCAGCAUCUGGACCCUGCUCAGAGGACCCCGUACAGAGACGUGAUGCUGGAGAACUACAGCCUCCUCCUCUCAGUGGGAUAUUGCAUUACCAAACCAGAGGUGGUUUGCAAGUUGGAGCAUGGAGAGGUGCUGUGGAUAUUAGAGGAAGAGUCCCCAAGUCAGAGCCACCUAGACUGCUGCAUAGAUGAUGACCUGAUGGAGAAGAGACAGGAAAAUCAAGACCAGCAUUUGCAGAAAGUUGAUUCUGUCAACAAUAAAACACUGACUAUGGACAGAAAUGAUGUAUUAGGAAAAACAUUUUCUCUUGACACAAACCCCAUUCUAUCAAGAAAAAUACGUGGCAACUGUGACUCAUCUGGAAUGAAUUUGAAUAAUAUUUCGGAAUUAAUUAUUAGUAAUAGAAGCUCCUUUGUAAGGAACCCUGCUGAGUGUAAUGUACGUAGGAAAUUUCUCCUCUGUAUGAAGCGUGAGAAUCCUUAUGCCAGAGGGAAACCUUUGGAAUAUGAUGGAAAUGGGAAAGCCGUCUCUCAGAAUGAGGACUUAUUUAGGCAUCAGUAUAUUCGAACUCUUAAGCAGUGUUUUGAAUACAAUCAGUGUGGGAAGGCUUUUCAUGAAGAGGCAGCCUGCAGUACGCAUAAGAGAGUGUGCUCAUGGGAGACCCUGUGAAUAUAAUGAACAUGUGAGAGCCUUUUCCGAUAGACCAAUAUUCAUUGUUCAUCAGAGAACUCACAUAAGGAAGAGUCACUAUGAAUUCAAUGAAUGUGAGAGGAGGUCUGGUGAGAGGCCACCUGUAAAUAAACACCACAGGGUUAUGGAGAUGAAAUACUAUGAGUGUAAUGCGAGUGAGAAUAGUUUUGGCAAGAAAUCACUCCUCAUUCUACGAAGUUACAGAGGAGAGAAAACUUUUGACUGUAGUAGACAUUUGGAAGUAUUCUGCAAGAAGCCAAAUUUCACUCAACAUCAAGAAACACAUAUAGGAAAGAAUGCCUAUAAAAUUAAUCAGUAUGCUAGUACAUUUUGCCGUAAGCCAAAGCAUUCUGUAUAUCAGAAAACAGAUACAGAAGAAAAACUCUAUGAAUGUAGUGAAUGUGGGAAAACCUUCAGCCAUAAAUCCUCUUUUAUCCUACAUCAGAGGAUACACAGAGGAGAGAAACCCUAUGAAUGCACUGAAUGUGGGAAAACUUUUGGAUAUAGGUCAUGCCUUGCAGUACAUCAAAGAACACACAUGGGACAAAACCUAUGAAUGUAAUGAAUGUGGAAAAAACUUCUGUGAGAAGUCAAAUCUUCAUGUACAUCAGAGAACACACACAGGAGAGAAACCCUAUGGAUGUAAUGAAUGUCAGAAAGCCUUUGGUGAUAGGUCAGCUCUAAAAGUACAUCAGAGAAUACAUACUAGCGAGAAACCCUAUGAGUGUAAGGAAUGUGGGAAAACUUUCUCCCAGAAGCCAAACUUCAUUAAUCAUCAGUGAACUCACACAGGAGAGAGACCCUUUGAAUGCAAUGAAUGUCAAAAAUCCUUCUCUGUGAAGUCAAAACUUAGAGAACAUCAGAGAAUUCACACAGGGGAGAAACCCUAUGAAUGUAAUGAAUGUGAGAAAAUGUUCUACCACAAGUCAUCCCUCACAGUACAUCAGAGAACCCACACAGGAGAGAAACCCUAUGCAUGUAGUGAAUGUGGGAAAACCUUCUACCAGAAGUCAUCCCUCACAACACAUCAGAGAACACACACAAGGGAGCAACCCUAUGAAUAUAAUGAAAGCUUUUACCAGAAUCCCAACUUCACUAAACGUCAGUGAGACAACAUAGAGGAAACCCUUGUCAACAUCCUGAAGGCUCAGAAACCUUCACCUUCUUGGACUCGUUCCAUAGCAGAAACAACCCAGGUUGGGGUGAGAACACCCAAUAAAGAUGAGAAAUCUUUUUGCCUAGAA